GGGGAGCCCGCGGGGGCGCGGAAGAGACACAGUCGCUGAUGCUGGGCGAGAGGAGGCUGAGCAUCGCUGCCCCUCCAUGUGCUGACGGACCAGCUGCAGGAGAAGGACAACUCAAUGGAGUACAAUCACAUCCACGUCCACAACGGCUCCCUCCUGGCUCACCACAAGUAUGGCUGUGGCUUGGGAUACGUACCUGUCAUAUACUACAGCUUGCUGCUCUGCCUCGGGCUACCAGCAAACAUCCUGACAGUCAUUAUCCUAUCGCAGCUGGUGGUUCGCAGGCAGAAGUCCUCAUACAACUAUCUUUUAGCACUAGCUGCUGCUGACAUACUGGUACUUUUUUUCAUCGUCUUUGUUGACUUUUUGCUGGAGGACUUCAUCUUGAAUAAGCAUAUGCCUCAGAUACUUGACAAAAUAAUUGAGGUAUUGGAAUUUUCUUCCAUACAUACGUCCAUUUGGAUUACGGUGCCAUUAACAAUUGAUAGGUACAUAGCAGUAUGUCAUCCGCUUAAAUAUCACACAGUCUCCUACCCAGCUCGUACUCGAAAAGUCAUUGUGUGUGUUUAUAUCACCUGCUUUUUGACCAGCAUCCCCUAUUACUGGUGGCCCAAUAUUUGGAUUGAAGACUACAUAAGCACAUCUAUACAUCAUGUCCUUAUCUGGAUCCACUGUUUUACCGUUUAUUUGGUACCGUGUUCCAUUUUCUUCAUUCUGAAUUCAAUCAUUGUGUACAAGCUCAGACGAAAAUGCAAUUUCCGACUGAGAGGAUAUUCCACAGGGAAAACGACAGCCAUUUUGUUUACUAUAACUUCUAUUUUUGCCAUACUGUGGGCACCAAGAAUAAUCAUGAUACUGUAUCACCUAUAUGUAUCACCUUUAAACAACACUUGGUUGGUACAUAUUGUGUCGGAUAUUGCCAAUAUGCUGGCACUGUUGAACACUGCAAUUAAUUUCUUCCUCUACUGUUUCAUUAGCAAGAGAUUUCGCACAAUGGCAGCUGCGACACUAAAGGCUUUCUUUAGGUGUCAGAAACAACCAGUUCAGUUCUAUACAAACCAUAACUUUUCAAUAACUAGCAGCCCUUGGAUUUCCCCUGCCAAUUCUCACUGCAUCAAAAUGCUUGUUUACCAGUAUGAUAAAAAUGGAAAACCUAUAAAAAUAUCACCAUGA